GUGGACCUGGAGACACGAGGUGCCUGCUUGGAAAGAGAUUUACUUGGAAAUCAGAGGCCAGGACAACUCCCAGACCAGGCUCAGAGAGUGAUGGCUCUCCAGCAGGAUGGGAAUGCCUCUCCAGAGGAGCCCAACACCACAAACACCUCCCUGGCUGCAGACGAUUAUUCCGAUUGUGAACAACCGGAGACUUGCUUUGAGUUUAGCGGGCACCGCUUAAAGAUCACUCAGCACUCUAAAACUUUGUUCGGGGUUUCUGCCUUUAUAUGGGAUGCGGGCAUUUUUCUUUGCAAGUACAUUGAGAAACAGAACAUGGAUUUCACGGGGAAGAAGGUGAUUGAACUGGGCUCUGGCACUGGACUUGUGGGCAUUUUUGCAGGCCUGCUGGGUGCAAAUGUGACUUUGACAGAUCGCUGGCAUGUCUUGGACCAAAUAAAAAGCAACGUUUUUGCCAACAUCCCUGCUUCAGCUCUAGAUCGUUGCAAAGUCUGUGCUCUUUUGUGGGGUACAGACCACACACAUUUCCCAUCGGAUUACGACUUCAUAUUUGGUUCAGAUAUUGUGUACAAUAAAGAUUUCUACACCUUGUUACCAAAGACGCUAGAGCACCUUAGUAACGCAGGAACGGAAAUCUACCUUGCUUCAGCAAUGAGGAGUCAGAAAAUUGUUUAUUUCCAUGAAGUGACUCUGCCUCAGUAUUUUAAGUGUGACCUUGUUUGCAAUGAUGAGAACAGAUUGAUUAGCAUUUACAGAUUGACCAAAAAAUAUACAGAGCCUGGAAAAUAG